GGUCACGUGCAUGCUGAGAAUAGGGAGUUUAUCAACUUGACCUCUCGUCUGCUCGUCAACUAACUCCACAUUUCGCCAAUACAGUGUCGUAUUCCUGAGUGAAAAACAUACAAUUACCAACAAUAAUCUGCUACAAAUAUACGAUGUUAUUCCUAGCCAGACAUUUUGUUGCGUAACUGGGAACUGUUCCUGUUUUAAAGGAAGGUACAGUAUAGGAACAUUCAGGCAGAAUUGUCUACUACUAUUAACAUCCAUCCAUCCAGGUCUAGAUGAGCAAGUUAAACCACAUGUAAAACAAUGGGUUGUUGCUUUGGACGAGAUGAGGAUAAGCACUUGCAGGAUGAAAGUGCGGAUGAAAGAAGUGGGCUCUUAGCAGAUCCUGGUCGACAUCCUUCUAGUCGACCAAUAAACAGUGAGUAUGGCAGUCAGAGCCCUAAUGCCCUAAAGAUAGGUGAUGAACAAUCAGAGCUAAACAGGAUACUGCACAAGGCAGCUAAUGAUGUGAUUGAUGUAUCAGCAAUCGACUCACACACAAUGGAGCAACAUGAAUACUUAGACAGAGCCAGGACAUACAGCUCACGAGUAGCCGUAGUUGUUACUGGGACUAAGAAGUCCUCCUCUAGUUUACUGGUCUUGCCACAUGGUGUCUCUGUGCCAUACACAGUGUUGGCUGAUGAGCCAGUCUCACUUGCAGAUAUUAAUUUGAUCACAGUUGCUUCUGAAAAUGCCUCCAAGGCAGUCAGUGGCGUCAAAGUAAAACACAGAGAGGAUCUGGUUGUGCAGUUUCCAAUGGUCUGACAGAUGCCGUAAUACAAAUGUAAUUUGUACAUACAAUUUUGAACAAAAAAAUACAUUACGUUUGUAAGACUUAUUGUAUCAAUUGGUAUGAUGUACAGUCAAUACGCUCGUGUUGUUCGAUGGAACAAACGUAUCAUUGAUGGUGGAAAUGAUUUGUUUUCUAACAAAACUCCCAAAAAAGAUAAAUAAUUUAAAUACCCAUGUCCAGCCAGGCCAUAGAUCCAACCUAUGCCUAGAUCUUAAGACUAGUGGGCAGGAUUUGUGGAGUGUCGAUGCUAAGUGGUCUAUUGCACCUGGCUCAAGUUCUAGUGUUGACAGGUCACUGGUCAUGGCACUUUGUGUCUUUGUGCAAAAGACUUAACUAUAUUUACUUCGUCCUUGGGAUGGGGCAUUAAGUCGUAGGUCCUGGGCAAUGAACAUAAAAGAACCAUGUACAACUAUUGUUCAGAGAAAGGCUUUGGCCACAGUGUGUUCUAGUAUGGUUAGCUGCAAAUCUGUCAACCCUUAUGGUUGUUAACUAAUCACAUGGACACAUUGUAUUGUGAAAUAAAGGCAGAUGAUGUGGCAUCUGUCAGUGUAGUCAGGUAGUAUGAGUCAUUACCUGUGUGUCAUGAAACCAGGAGUUGUCCCUUACUGAGGGGUUUACAGUCUGACCUGUUUUUUUUGCAAUUACAUGAAGUUAAACUCCCAAAGCAUUCACUGAUCCAUAAGGAUGUAGUUACGCUUACUGUAAGCAAAGAAUUGGUGCUUAUAGGGAAGCAUGGAAUUCCGGGAUUGCGUCAAGGGUAUUGCGCGGGUUAAGCAGGAAAUUUUGUGCGUGCUCCACAUAACUACAUUUCCUAGGCAUUACUAGGCAUUCUUCACUUACACAGUUCGCGCAGAAGUUAGAUGCUUAGCACCCUUGUGGCAUUACAGAAUACAUGCCCAUGAACUACCCCUAAGUUUGCCAACCCUGAAAUGCCCAGUACUGUACAAUGUAACUCUUUAUGUAAAAAAAAAGUGACACCGUCAAUAUUCAUUUUUUGCUGUUGUGGGAAUUCAGGUAUGGUACAUUUCUUUGCCUGAACACUGUCAAUUUUACUUUUUAAUGAGAGACAAACUUUGCCAGCCAGCAACAUGAUAUCAUGUGGUUAAAAAGCAUACCUACAUGUCGGUGUCAACCCUUUUUAUUUUGUACCAUGUAAUAUCAUCCCUGUGGUUUUAAACGAUGGUUGUAAUUCUAAUACUGCCCUUUUGAAUAAAUCAUUUGAAACAGUUUUUUUUUAAUGACAAAUGAUGUACUUUUUGUUAUGGGUAGUACAACUGAUUUAAAGGCAGUGGACACUAUUGGUAAUUACUCAAAAUAAUAAUUGGCAUAAAACCUUUCUUGGUGACGACU